UCUUACUCUCCACAAUUCUAUAGAGAUGGCCAUCGGGAGCUGUUUCUGCAACAACAUUCGCAUCGAAUAUACCGGCCAACUUCUCAUCUCGGGCCUCUGUCACUGUCUCGACUGCCGCAAACUAACCGGAGCACCUUAUAGCUACAACUACAUUGUGAAAACCUCCGGGUUGAAGGUCUCCGGGACUGUAAAAGAAGUGGCAAAGACAUCGUCAUCGGAUAGGAAUUAUUUCUGUCCGGAGUGUGGGACGCCGGUUUUUUCGCGGAAGGAAGGGGCUAAUGAAGAUUCUGACGGUGUUACUAUUGUUCGGGCGGGAGUGUUUAAUGACGCUAUUUUGAAUGAAAGGAAGCCUCAGGUGGAAAUUUUUGCGGAUAUGCGGUUGGAGUGGGUGAGGCCUGUGGAGGGGGCGGAGCAGUUUGGUGGGAUGUUGGAUGUUUGAUAAGCUGGUUUGAUGAUGGGAGUGAGGGGUUGGGGUACUUCUGUAUGAUACGUGAGAAAUAUAGCGUUGAUUUCAUGGUUCUCGUCUUCUAAUGGUAAUUUACAAG